GUCUAAAGCUACAAACAUUCCGGUCCAUUCAUUCUUGAUUCGGCUUUGUUUUUUGUCCGCCGGGGAAGCUCUACUACCUUCAUUCAGUAAGCUUUGGAUACAGCACUUGCUGUGCUACACUAGCUGCGCUGGCCUUCUAUCUCUCACUUGUGCCCAGGAACUCCCAGCCUCCGGCUGUACUUCAGGGAGUUCUCUGCCAAGACUUGAGCUCGUCCGUGCUUCAGCUUUUGCUUCUCCGCCCACUAAAUUAAGCUGCUGUGGAAAAGCUGCCCCGAGCCCUGUUCCUCGUUCUCGUCCUCGAAGCUCGUCCUCAGCCUUAAUCCCUGCCUCUCACAUUUCUUCUUCCUUCGCUUUCUCUCCUUCAAGCUUCCCACAGUCGCUCAUUUAGGUGCAUUUUGUUUUGACCUCGCUCGCUCGCCCUCUAUCAGGCCAUCCAAAAUCAGCUCCGUUCUUCCUGGAGCCCCUCUUCACCACCGACCCCUACUCCGCGACGCAAUCUCGAUUUACGUUUACCGCCAAUCGGCCGAAUCUAUAGGAGUCCCUUACUCCUUCCACUCAUUACAUCGCUCCUCAAUUGCACCUUCCCUUCAUUGUUCCACAGGCAGGAUAUACCAGCGAACCUUUGUUUACAUCUCGUGAUAAACCCAACACCUGAUCACCCUGCUCGCCUCAACCAAUGCGACCGAAACCCAUACCAUUCUCUGGGGACAGUGCAGCUUCCUAAUUGCUCUUGGUCCCGGCCUAUUAUGGCGAAUAUCCCGCUAAGCGUGAAAAGCAAGCCUGCUGGCCCGGCUCCGUCCCUCCGUGUUACUCCUUCAAAUUCUCCUUCUUUGAGACCGCCGACACGUUCCUCCACGAAACCUUCUUUGUAUCAAUCAGCACUAUCUCUCCAGACAGUAAUCGGGACAACAACAACUACGCCCAAUGGCUUCUCCUACCACGACCAAAGCAGGUCUUUCGCAUUCUGCGCUGGUUCCGCUGCGGUUCUUGCAGAGUUAGACGACAACAAUAAUGCGAAUCAGCGCUUCUUUCGUGCGCGGCCAUCUGCGAACAGUAUAAAUCCAAUCACGUCAUUCUACGAUCAGCCUACACCCCCGGCCACACCAGGUGCGAGGACAAAAUCCUUGUCGAACAUAAAGGCUGUGUCUUACAACGGUAUCAACACUCCGUCAAGCGAAGUCAUUGAGGCAGCUAGCCCUCGUGUUUGGUCGUCGAGGGAGAAGGUCAAAGCUGUUACCAGUGUCGCUAUAAGUCCAAAUGGAAGGUUUCUUGCCCUAGGGGAGACCGGGUAUAACCCUAGAGUUCUGAUUUUCUCGACUGCAAAAGAUGCACCCCCCGACAUCCCACUCUCUAUUCUUACGGAACAUUCGUUUGGUGUCCGUGCCCUUGCCUGGAGCCCAAACACUCAAUAUUUAGCCACUCUAGGAGAUGUGAAUGAUGGGUUUCUUUUCGUGUGGUCUAUUAGCCUGAAAAAUGGUUUGGCCAAGCUCCACUCAACGAACAAAUGUACAACUGUUGUUCGUGACAUGACAUGGCUUGGCCAAGCGUUAAUAACGGUGGGUGUUAGGCAUGUCAAGAUCUGGAGGCUUUUGGAUGCUAGGCCCGUAUCGCCAUCUAAGUCCCGCUCGAACGCCGAACAAGCUCCAAGUUCUACGUCCCCGAAGGCGCUUACCGGCAGAAAUUGCGUCUUAGGCACAUUGGCGGAUAACACUUUUACGAGUGCCAUUAGCAUUUCCGAGUCCGAAGUCGUCGUUGGCACGGAUUCUGGGGCGCUGUGCCUUGUGGACGAUAUCGAUGGCAACGCCAAGCUUACUCUCAUUCAGUACAUGGACUUCGGGAUUACUUCAUUGACGGCCGACUCUGAUCGGUCUUGUAUAUGGAUCGGCGGACGUGGCAGGCGUAUGCAGAAAUUUGCGUUCGAAUCCUUACGGCCCUCCGGCAAUCCGCCAUCUCCGAGAACCAUAAGUAGAUCUUCAGUGGAAGCAAAGCCCAAGGAGCCGGCUAUCACAUGCAUCGGCUCGCUUUCCUCUCAUCUGGUCACAGUUGAUGCGACGAAAGCUAUUCAUAUCUACCCGAUCGAGCAGUUGAACGAUGUAGGCGACCAAUGCGAAGGCGGGAUUGCCAUGCCCGCUCAUCGAGACGCCGUUCUUGGAAUAGGGCCGCUCGAGACGCCAAACAAGCUGGCGGCCGAUUUUUUCACUUGGUCCUGCAAGGGAGUAGUCAAGUUCUGGAAUACUCGAGGAGAGUGCUGUGAAUCGCGAACAAUUGCCGUUGAAAAACUUCCAGGUGGCGAUGAUGAUACUUCGAAUGAGCUAAAGGUCCUUCGAGCCAACAGCGACAUGGAAUUUUUUGUCUCUGGUGAUAAGCUCGGUGUUCUCCGAGUAUUGCACGGACAACCGUGGAGGUGUGUCCAUGAAGUCCGAGCCCACGGUGGUGAAAUUACGGAUAUCGCCCUGUGUGAGACUCCCGACUUCUGCGUUGUUGCCACCUCUGGUCGCGAUCGAAUGGUACAGCUUUUCGAGCGGCGCGAGAGUAGCCUCCAGUUGAUCCAAACUAUGGACGAUCAUGUUGGGGCUGUUGGCCAGCUCCUGUUUGUUCACGGAGGUCAAAAGAUGCUGUCAUCGUCGGCGGAUCGCACUAUUCUUAUCAGAGACCGUGUGACUCGCGAAGACAGCGGGUCUACCGCCAUUGCUUAUUUGAUUUCCCGAGUGAUUACGCUAAGGUCAUCGCCAGUGUCAAUGGCACUCUCCCCAGACGAUCCGGACAGCCUGAUCUUCGCGAAUGUGGAUCGUUGCGUUUACCAAUAUGAUAUGAGCUCGGGUCGACAUGUUCAUUCUUUCCGUGCUGGGGAUUCCGACUCUAACGACACUGUGGUGAUGGGCUCGUUGACAGUAACCUCUGUCGUCUCUAACCACAGCCCGAAACUGCUUAUCGGAGUAUCGGGCACAGACAAAUCGAUCCGCAUAUAUGAUUUGGAGAAGGGGGCCCUUCUUACUGGUGAAUUUGGACAUACCGAAGGGGUCAGCGAUGUUAGAUUGCUUGAGAAACAUACCAACACGCCAGGUGAUUCACCAGAGCGAAUCUUGAUUAGCUCAGGUAUCGAUGGGGUUGUCAUGAUCUGGAAAGUAUCGGUACAGCUACAGCAGCCUCCAGAACUCACGCAACCAACGCAGCCAACUCCUAACGAGCAUGAGGGGGAGAAUCUCUCAAAAGAGUUAACCGUCUCAAAGCCCCCUUUACGAAGAGUACUGUCGCGAUCUGAGCUUGCCGGUUUUCAGCGUCCAAAUAAUACGACAGCGGCUGCGACCCCUACCCCAGUGCGUGAACCGGCUCCGCCUCUCUUACGCAGAUUCUCGAGGGUAUCCGUAAUUCCUUCAAUGAAGAACGGAGUUGCACCUGCAACACCUCCAUCUGCACCGACUCGUCGCUCGCCUACCUCGAGCAGCCGUCAUGAGAGACUGCGCAACUCUCCGUCACCGCCCAGCCCCAAAUCAACCGGUGGGCGAAGGGGCACGGAGCCGCGCAGCUCUCGGAAUGGCGUCCAUUGUUCAUCUCUGGACUUUCGUGCACGUGCUCGUGGAAAAAGCGAGUUUGGGAGUCUGAACAUGUCUACUGAGCAAGUAUGCCGCACGCUGAAAGCCUACAGAAGGAAGCUCAAUGGGUCUACGGAACCUCUGCAUUCUCAGAAGGAGCUUGAACGCGAACUUGCCCUCACUCUCCGAAUUCUAAAUUCCCGAGCGAAGAAGAUCGAUUCUGGCGAAACGGAGACUGAAAGCAGCGGUAAAGAGAACGAAAGGAUACCUCCUCCAACACCUAUUCCGAACAAGACCGGGCGUAUCCCUCGCCGAAUUCCGUCAACGCCCAACCUGAGCCAGAAAAAAUUGCCUCGAUACUCCCGGCGGCGCUCUCUUGAUGCGGCUGGGGAGGGCUGAGAUUACCAAGCCAGAUUCUCGUUUUCGCUCACCAUACUUUUUCUCUGUCCCUCUGGCUAUUGCCCUUCCUCUCAUUUUCCCUUCUUCUUUAAUCCUUAACGGCGUUUCUUGGUGAUGUGGGAUUUCGCUUGGCGUUUAUAUUGAUAGACCUUUGCUCUUGCAAAGCAGGUGUUGUGUUUCAUUGCAUCUUGUCCUAGCAUAGCAGGUGUUCGGAUGGAUUUUGGGGCAUUUGACGGACCGAUUUUUCUUUUCUCUUGCGGAUGCUUGAGACCUCCAUGGGUCUGAUCCUCAAUCGUUGAACUUUUCUCUUCUUUGAGUGGUUCUUGUUUCUCUCACAACAGCAUCAUGCCCCCUAACGGUAUGCUUUCCCUUUUGAGCCUCUUCUUCUCUUGUCUGCCUGAUCUUUGGUCCCCUCGCGCAGCAUUUUCAAGGCAAUUUCCUCAAUGAUACCCAAAUUCGGUCAGAUUCUGCAGGCUCCCCUUUUUUGGGACCACAGAUUCUAGACAUUUAUAGAAGUUAUAUAGACUUCGAUCAACUGUGCUAGAGCAAUAUAUACUCUACAACGAGAGCCAUUAAAUUCAGUAGUGUCAG